AUGGCAACUCAAUUGACUUUAUUCUUCAUAAGAUUUUUGCCUUUUUUGACAGUUUGGACAAUUCUAUUUUUACAGCCUUCUUUCUUCAAUUUUAUGCCUUGGUUAAUUACCCAACGAAUUCAACUGCUUAUUUAUUCCCCCCUAAUUUUGAUCGGAUCACUCGGAAUUUAUGCUGUGUUAACUAUAAUUUAUGGCGUCGCAACUUUUAAUGAUUGCAAAAAUGCUAGAGAGGAAUUAAUUAAACAAGUGGCUGAAGCAAAAGAAGACUUGAGGAAAAGAGGGAUUAUUGAGUGA